AUGUCCAACGAGGAGUGGGAGGAGGUCGCUCAAGAUAUACCCUCUCUCUCUGAUCCCUUUUUGCAACAAUAUCUCACUGGCCGAUCCAACCUCAUAGCCCAGGAGCAAAAGACCCGUUCCGAUACAUCCUUCAAGGCCUCUCUGUCACCUAUCGCCCAGCGUGCCUGUGACAUUGUCGACCGCAUCCGCGACCAUGAGAAUGCCACCGUCUGGACGCCUCAGGUUGAGGAAGAGCUCUCUCAAGCUGGAAACGAGUGUCUCUUCCCCGGCAUGAUGUUCAUGCUCGCCAAAGAUCGAAUGGAGAGGACGGACCUGUGGAAGAUUGUUCGCCGCAUGCCCAAGGGUGCCCUCCUCCACGCCCACAUGGACGCCAUGGUUAACUUUGACUUUAUCCUCGAGGAACUUAUGAAGAUGCCGGGCAUGCACAUGUCGAGUGACGUGCCACUCACCACCGAGGCCGCGAAGGAGGAUGCGGCCCUCAAGUUCCGAUACAGAGCCAAGGAGAGAACUGACGGUUCCAUCUGGGAGGAUUCCUAUAAGCCUGAGAACUUUCUACUACUUACAAAGGUGGCCGAUGAUUUCCCCAACGGCGGGAGGUCUGGUUUCCUCAAGUGGCUCAAGGGCAGAUGCGUCCUCUCAGUUACAGACAGUCAUGAGCAACACCACGGCAUUGACGCAAUCUGGGUCAAGUUUGCCAAAUGCUUCGUCGUCGUUGCCACUAUUAUCCACUAUGAACCCAUGUUUCGAGUAUUCCUGUGUCAUCUCAUGAAGACGCUCAAGGAAGACGGUGUCAGCUGGGCAGAGCUCCGGUUCACAUGGCCCCUCGAUUACUGCCGUGACAAGCAUGAGGAGCCCGAGAAGGACUAUACCCACAUGUUCGAGGUCAUCAGGGAAGAGGUCUCGCGCUUCCAAAGCUCGCCAGAGGGUCAGGGAUUCUGGGGUCUCACCACCAUCUGGACGACCAUCCGCCGACUUCCCACCCGUGACAUUAUCGAAAACAUGGACUGUUGCAUCGCCACAAAGAUCAACUUCCCUGACCUGAUUGCCGGCUACGAUCUCGUGGGAGCUGAAGAUCUGGGCCGGCCACUGUCAGAUCUACUCCCGGAGCUGUUCUGGUUCCGCAAGCAGUGUGCUAUGGAGGGCGUCAACCUGCCCUUCUUCUUCCACGCUGGAGAGACAUUGGGAGAUGGAACAGACACAGACGGAAACCUCUUUGAUGCAAUCUUACUCGGAACCCGACGUAUCGGUCACGGUUUCAGUCUUUUCAAGCACCCUCUACUCAUCGAUAUGGUCAAGGAGAAGCGCAUCCUUAUCGAGUCAUGCCCCAUCUCGAACGAGGUCCUCAGACUCUGCGGCUCUGUGACAGCCCACCCCCUCCCUGCCCUCCUUGCGCGCGGAGUCGCCUGCAGUCUCUGCAACGAUGACCCCGCCAUGCUUGGCCAGGAUACCGCGGGCAUGUCUCACGACUUCUUCCAGGCGCUGCAGGGCUGGAAGAACCUCGGUCUCGCUGGUCUGGGUAGUCUUGCCGAGAAUAGUGUCAGAUGGUCUGCCUUUGAGGACCAGAACCAGACAGAGUGGGUCAAGGGUAUUAAGGAAGCCAGCCUUGGUGAUAGUGUCAAGGCCAAGAGGAUGCAAGAAUGGCAAGUUGAGUGGGAAAAGUUUUGUCUGUGGAUCGUUGAGGAGUAUGGAGACGAGUUCAGCCCUGAGGAGGGAGAGGAAAAGGCAAACGAGGAGGCUUAG